UUUCAGGAGAAGUCUCAAACUUCGGCUCGCAUUUGCGACUUGUUACUUUGAUGGAAAAAGGAUAUUGCGAUAAUGACAGCGGUAGAAAUGCUGCUGUAAACGACUCUCUAGGAGGUGACCGCUACGUGCCUCCGCAUCGGCGUAAUCGCGGCGGGGGCACUAGCGAUGCGCCGCCUCAGCCGCAGCAGCGCUACGAUGACAACGAUCAUUCGUUUGGAGGCGGUGGAAGCAGAAUGGGAGGAGGAUAUCGUGACGGAGGAGGACGUCGCGGAAACUACGGUGGCAGAGAUUCCUUCGACAGAAAUGAUCGAGGCGGCGGCGAAGGUCGUUAUGAUCAUGAUCGCGGCUACUCGGGACGCAACAGUGGGCGUUUUUCUGAUCGUGGUCAAAGAAAUGGUGGUGGCUAUGGUCAUGAUGACUAUCAGGGGGGUGGUGGACGCGGAUCCAAUCAGAGAUCGUUCGACUCGCAGCCAAGGGAGAUGCGCAGAGAUAAUGGCGAUCGCGAAGAGGGCAAAAAUAGCCGUUGGGCAGGCCUGCGCGAAGAUGGACCCCCGUCUACUCGUUGGGAGCGCCAGCAACCACGAGAUGAGCGCUUAGAGGCGGAACUAUUUGCCGGCCAGUUGUCCGGAAUAAAUUUCGACAAAUACGAGGAAAUUCCCGUAGAAGCUACCGGAGAUGAUGUGCCUCAGCCAAUCUCGCUAUUCUCUGACUUGAAGCUCCAUCCUUGGAUUGAGGAGAACAUUCAAAAAUCCGGCUAUAAUCGCCCCACUCCAGUACAAAAGUACUCAAUUCCUGCGCUAAUGUCUGGACGCGAUCUUAUGUCCUGCGCACAGACGGGAUCUGGCAAAACGGCUGCUUUCCUAGUUCCCUUGAUCAAUGCAAUUCUGCAAGAUGGACCCGGAGCGCAACAUCCUCCAACCAUGUCUCAUCACGGUCGUAAGAAGCAGUACCCAUCUGCGUUAGUGCUCUCACCUACGAGAGAACUCUCAUUGCAAAUUUACAAUGAAUCGCGGAAGUUUGGCUACCGCACACCAAUUACUUCAGCAUUGCUUUAUGGUGGCAGAGAGAACUAUAGAGACCAAAUCAACAAAUUACGUCUUGGAUGUCAUAUACUUAUUGCUACGCCGGGACGGUUGAUCGAUGUAAUGGAGCAGGAGUACAUUGGUUUGAGAGGCUGUCGCUAUCUUGUUCUCGACGAAGCCGAUCGCAUGCUUGAUAUGGGUUUCGAACCGCAGAUUCGUCAGAUUGUUGAUCUGUCAACGAUGCCUGGUAGAGGUGAACGUGUGACUGCGAUGUUUUCCGCGACAUUCCCCAAGGAGAUCCAGGUACUCGCACAAGAUUUUCUUAUGCCUAACUACGUGUUCUUGGCUGUUGGCAGAGUUGGAUCAACUUCAGAAAACAUAAUGCAAAAGGUCGUUUGGGUUGAAGAGCAUGAGAAACGUUCAUAUCUUAUGGAUCUGUUGGAUGCCGGAGGCGAAAAUUCGCUUACGCUGGUAUUUGUCGAAACAAAGCGUGGAGCUUCCGAUCUCUCGUACUAUCUGCAAAAUGCUGGUUAUGAAGUGGUAGCAAUCCAUGGUGAUCUUAAACAGUUUGAAAGGGAAAAACAUUUGGAUUCUUUCAGGUCUGGAGCUACCCCAGUAUUGGUGGCGACAGCAGUUGCAGCUCGCGGUCUCGAUAUUCCAAAUGUCAAACAUGUGAUAAAUUAUGAUCUACCUUCUGAGAUAGAUGAGUAUGUGCACCGUAUCGGUCGCACGGGACGUGUUGGAAACAUAGGUCUUGCGACAUCUUUCUUUAAUGAAAAGAACAGAAACAUUGCGAGAGAUUUGAUGGACCUCAUCGUUGAAGCAAACCAGGAACUACCAGAUUGGCUAGAACGUGUUGCUGGCGAUGUAGCACGCUAUGGCACCCGCAGCGGUGGAGGCCGUGGUGGUCGUGGUAGUGGAGGAAACAAAUUCGGAGGUCGCGAUCACCGUCUUCAAUACAGCGGCAGUGGUCAAGGCUCUGGUGGUUUCGGUGGUCAACGGGGCUACCAGAACAGUAGUGGUGGCGGUGGCGGCGGUGGUGGUGGCGGCGGAUUCGGUGGCGGCUUCGGCGGUUCAACUCAACGUCAAAGUAAUCGUGCUCCUCCACAAGAGGAUUGGUUUGGCAACUAAUCAGGUGCUGUCAGUUCCCGCUACUAAUUGUAAUUGUCUAAUUUAUAUCCUCGUCAUUUGUUUGUGUUGUAUCUUCUGAACUUCCUCACGUACAAUAAUUAGCUAGCUACUCUUCCUGCGUUCUCCACUCCGUCGUUCGUUCUGUGUGUGUUGUCAUGAAGAGGCCCGUGUUCGGUGGGCGGUACGCGUCGCGUUUUAUGGGACGAGCUAAUGUCUCUUCUCCGUUCGGUUAUUCUGAGUUCGGUGUGCUCGGCUCAAGAAGCUCUUUCGUCUGUCUCCUCCACCAACAGUGUGGCCAGUGAGGCACGUUGGCGCUUUGUCGACUCUCGACCGUCUAUGUGAAUGACUCCCUGUUUCUGCUGUUAUUCGUUCUCCCAUUUCAUGGUGUGCUAUGGAUUCGGCUGGCUCCCUGAUACCGAUAACAACUUGGCUAUUAAUUCAAUUUUUUGGUUGUUAGAUUCUCUUUCUGUUUGUAUCUCCAACAUGCUUCAAUCAUUCUUAUCAUUGUAACUGUUAUUAUGAUGCUUAUUUCCUGUCAUCUGACAAGCGAGUUUGUUAAAAAUUAGCCAUUUGUUUAUCUUUGCGCGACGCGUUUUGAUCCCAUUGACGACGGGUCUUCUUGUGUAAUUCUUAUUGAACAUUCUCUUGAUUGAAUAUUGUGGUUUUUUUGUAGACAUGAUAAUAAAGUAUCUGUUACUUGCGGAA